AUGGCAUUCGAGGGAGUCCCCAAAGAAAUGCUUGCGGUGCAGGUGGUAGAGUUCAACAAACCUUAUAAGAUCCAUAAAGUACCUACUCCGACCAGUCUCAAGCCACACGAAAUCCUGCUCAAGACAGUGGUUGCAUCAUUAUGCCACACCGACAGCAUGGUAGUCGCCGGCAAGUUUCCGACAAAACUGCCCUGCACGGCGUCGCACGAAGGGACAGGCAUCGUCGUUGCGGUAGGCGACCAAGUCACCAAUUUCAAAAAGGGCGAUCGUGUCAUGUCCGGUCUCCCUCGAAACCCGUGUGGGAAGUGCCUCAACUGUCAGGGUCCGAACGACUGGCAUCAAUAUUGUCAGCACAUCGAGGGGCAUAUUGGCGUUUUCGUGGAUGGGGCUUUCAGUGAGUAUCACGUCGUCGACAAUCGGACGAGUUGUCAUAUUCCGGACAAUGUGAGCUUUGCGAGUGCAGCACCCCUCGCUUGUGCCGGCUGUACGAUAUACCGCGCCAUUAUUGUGGCUGAGGUGCCGGAGGGAGGGUGGUUAGGCAUCGUCGGUGCCGGUGGCGGGUUAGGCCACCUGGGCAUUCAAUUUGCCAUGGCCAAAGGGAUCAACGUCGUGGCUGUUGAUGCGAGAGACGAAGGGCUUGAGUUGUGCAAAAAGGCGGGUGCGAAGCACAUUUUCGACGCGAGGGAAGGGAAAGAGAAGGUCGUGGAGCAGGUGCAGAAGCUCACAGAUGGCUUGGGUGUCCACGCGUCGAUCAACGUAUCCGAGCACGAGACCUCGGCCGACAUGGCCUGUGCUAUUACGAGGAUGCAUGGGACCAUGGUGCAGACUGCGCAGCCCGACCGGGUCAGCGUAGCCUUCCAGGAACUGAUUUUCCGAGACAUUCGCAUCAAGGGGACACUGAUUGCGGGACAAGAGUACAGCCAGCAAAUGCUGAACGACACGGGAAAGCACGGAAUCAAAGUCGCAACGAAUAUCUUUUAUGGGCUGGAGGAAGUCCCGAAGAUGGUCGAGCUGGCUCAUUCGGGAAAGAUGAAAGGGAAGGCUGUCUGUGUGGUUGACAAGGCCGAGUUUGAAAAGGAGAACAUUUAG